CGAAAGGUGGCUCCUUUGUUAUAUACUGCAUGUUUUUUUGCAUUGAUGAGAAUAUUUGUAAAAUUUGCUUAUUUUGUUUUACUUAAACUAAAUUAAAGAAUAUUCUCGGAUUAGUGUUCAAAAAUGUCGCAGGUAUCUAAUAAAUCUGGUACUGGAUGGCCAAGAAGAAGUAGCCAAGGGCAAGUGGAUGGAAAUAUUAACAACGGCAUACAGAAGUACUCUACUGGACAAUGCUUGGCCAUAAACAGGACAAUUAAUUUAUAUCCUUUAACAAAUUACACAUUCGGAACGAAAGAACCGUUGUUUGAAAAGGAUCCGUCAGUACCUUCCCGAUUUCAGAGGAUGCGAGAAGAAUUUGACCGAAUUGGUAUGAGACGCUCAGUUGAAGGAGUUCUGCUUGUGCAUGAACAUGGUUUGCCACAUGUUUUACUUCUUCAGUUGGGCACAACAUUUUUUAAACUACCCGGCGGAGAACUUAAUGCGGGUGAAGAUGAAGUGGAAGGACUUAAAAGGCUCUUAACUGAAACCUUGGGACGGCAAGACGGAGUAAAACAAGAAUGGAUUGUAGAAGACACAAUUGGAAAUUGGUGGCGGCCUAAUUUUGAACCACCUCAAUAUCCAUACAUUCCGCCUCAUAUCACGAAGCCUAAAGAACACAAGAGAUUGUUUUUAGUGCAGUUACAUGAAAAGGCUUUGUUUGCCGUUCCAAAAAAUUAUAAACUCGUAGCGGCGCCUUUAUUUGAACUCUAUGACAAUUCUCAGGGGUAUGGCCCAAUUAUAUCAUCCCUUCCACAGGCCUUAUGCAGAUUUAAUUUUAUUUAUAUGUGAAGGAUCGACGAGUUUUUCGUGACAUCGCAAUAAUAGUCAAUCUAAACAAAUCCAGAUUGGUUUUAAACACAUUUUAAUGUCUUUAUUUAAUACGUUUCUAUUUAGAUGAACUUAAACAGCAUUAAAUACAUCGUGGUAUAAACCCAAAAUUACUGGAUUGAUUAUUUUGAUUUUACUCUGUAUAUUUUAUGUAAUUGUAUAUACUUGUAAUUAGUUUUUGCUAGAAACACUGCCACUGCGAUUUUCUUUCUAUUCCCGAGUAAUUUCGUAUUUAUUAAAAAAUUGAUUAUGGUUUUGCA